UUACAUCAUGCUGGCAGACUAACGCAGCAUCACACACCGGAUUGGCCCGCCCUGCGUGGCACACGGAUGUGAUUGGUUGACUCCCAGCACCUGCGGACUGGAGAGAGGACAGCGGUGGUGUUGCACGCGAGGGAGGCUUAGGAUACAAGGUGAGGUUGGCGCGGGGAGAAGAUGAGGAAUAUAAACAACAUCACAUCAUAUCCGAGGAAGAUGAUCUGAGAGGACUCGACCUCUACAUGACUUCUGCCUCCAAGAGCGGGAAGACGCGCUGAACCUCGUGCGACUCGGACGAGCUGGUCUUCUCUACUCAGACUCCUCCUCUUCCUGCUCCACGAUGGGAUCGCACGUCCUCACCCUCGCCGUCCUCUCCGUCCUGACGUCCUCGCUGGGCGCCAGCGGAGACGACUUCCUCCCAGGUGAGGAAGUGACAUCAUCAGGGGGGUCCGGCUGCCCAGCCCAGUGCGUGUGUGAGACCCGCCCCUGGUACACCCCCCAGUCUGUGUACCACCAGGCCCGGACGGUGGACUGCAAUGAGCUCCGCCUCCACCAUGUCCCUCCAACCAUCUCCCCCAACACGCAGGUGCUGCUUCUUCAGAGUAACAACAUCUCUCUGAUCGGUACCGAGCUGCAGAAUCUGAACAACCUGACGGAACUGGACCUGUCGCAGAACCACUUCACACAGGUCCAGGACAUGGCUCUGGGCUCCCUGGAGCAGCUGGUCACGCUGUACCUGGAGGAGAACCUCCUGGAGGGUCUGGAGGACUUCAGCCUGCGGACCCUCUGCAGCCUGGAGGAGCUCUACGUCAACCACAACCGCCUCAACUCCAUCUCCCAGCACGCCUUCUCAGGCCUCACCAGCCUGCUCAGGCUCCAUCUGAACUCCAACCGCCUGGUGGCCAUCGACCGGCGCUGGUUCGAGUCGCUGCCCUCCCUGGAGAUCCUGAUGAUCGGGGAGAACCCCAUCCUGGGCCUGGAGGAGCGCACCUUCCAGCCGCUGGCCCGGCUCCACAGUCUGGUCCUGGCCGGGAUGGGCCUGGAGGAGGUCCCCCCCGCCGCCUUCCUGGGCCUCCACUACCUGGAGAGCCUGUCCUUCUACGACAACAAGCUCAGGUGGGUUCCCCGCGAGGCUCUCGGCAUGCUGCAGAACCUCAAGUUCCUGGACCUGAACCGGAACCCCAUCUCCCGGGUCGGACCGGGGGACUUCCAGGACCUGUUCCACCUCGAGGAGCUCAGUCUGAACUACAUGGACCAGCUGGUGGCGGUGGAGCGCGACGCCUUCCAGAACCUCCCAGAGAUGGUGAAGCUGGAGGUCUACAGCAACCCAGGGCUGGUCUCUGUAGACCCCCACGCCUUCAGUGGCCUUCCCUCCCUGCGGACACUGCUGUUGCAUAGCAACCAGCUGAGCCUACUGUCCAAUCAGCUGCUGACGUCCCUUCCUGGUCUGGAGGAGCUGUCGCUCCACUCCAACCCGCUGCGCUGUGACUGCCUAGCCGCCUGGGGCCCCCACCUCGGCAACCAAUCAGCCGUCAAGCUGCUGGACAGCCCCCUCACCACCUGCUCCUCCCCCCCCCAGCUGCUCGGCCGCGAGCUCCAGGAAGUGGUUUCUAUUGGCUGGGGCGCUGUGGGGGGCGGGGCCAGCGGGAACAGCUGCCUGCCGCAGGUCUCCGCCCUCUCCUUCCCCCCCGUCCUCAACCUCAGCUCCGGACAGCCAAUCACGCUGCCCUGCUGGGCCAGUGCUGACCCCGCCCCCCAGUUCUACUGGGUCACGCCCACCGGAGACAAGGUGAGCUCGGAGGCGGGGGCGUCGCUGCAGAGCUCUGGACCAAUCAGGAGGAGGAGACACCGUGUGUCCCCGUCAGGAGCUCUGGUGAUGGAGCAUCUCGACCAAUCAGACGCUGGCCUGUAUACGUGUGUAGCGUGGAACGUGGAGGGGGCUGACACCAGGAGUGUCUCCGUGUUCAUGGACUCCAGGGGGCGUGGCUCCGGCCCCGGGGGGGAGGAGUCCUGGGGGGGCAACUCCUCCCACUCUGUCGCCUCCCUGGUCCUCCAGGCCAAGGUGGUCCGAUCCCACUCUGUUCUUUUGGAGUGGAAGUUGUUUUCCAGCCAACCAGCGCCUGGCUCUGGAGGCUCCGCCCACCAGGAGGUGUUGCCCCGCCCCCCACGCUGGACCAGCGCCAGCGUGCACAUCGACAGCUCUCAGAUCAGCUACACGGCCACGGUGCCGGUGGACGUCCAGGAGUACAACCUGACCCACCUCCUCCCCGCCACCGACUACCACGUGUGUCUGAGCGUCUCCUCCUCCUCCCCUCUCCUCCCUCCCCCCUCCCCCUCCCCUCCCGCCCCUCCCUCCCCGUCCGCCCCCCCUCCCCCGCUCCACACCGCCUGCGUCAACGUCACCACCCGGGAGGCGGGGCUGGCCGUGGCGCUGGUGGUCUCCCCGGGCAACAGCGUCGCCAUGGCGGCGGUGACGGGCUCCCUGUUCGCCCUGCUCCUCAUGCUCCUGCUGGGUGGAGUCAUGGCCCGCCGCCUCCACUCUAAGAGCUGCUCCCUGAAGACCUACCUCCACAGCUCCUCGUCGUCCUCCUCCAUCCCGCUGAAGGAGCUCUACCCCCCCCUCAUCACGCUCUGGGACGCCGACGCCGACAAGGAGAAGGAGCGCGAGGAGGAGCAGGGAGGGGCGCCCAUAGACACGUCCAAGACCUACCUCUGGUAGACCGGCGGGAGCAGACAGACAGGGAGACACACAGACAGGAGCCACGUAGACAGACAGGAGACACACAGACAGACAGGAGACACACACACAGACAAGAGACACAUAUCGCUAUGCAUGAUGCUGCCAUGACCAUCCCAUGGGGAUGCUGUGGCGUUGCCGUGGUAAUGCCCUGGUCAACCCAUGGGGAUGCUGUGGCGUUGCCGUGGUAAUGCCCUGGUCAUCCCAUGGUGAUGCUGUGGCGUUGCCGUGGUAAUGCCCUGGCCAUCCCGUGGGGAUGCUGUGGCGUUGCCGUGGUAAUGCCCCGGUGAUGACUGUACUACUACAGUACUUAUACAGUACUACUGCUGUAGAACGACAGCACUACUGCAGUAUUGGAGUAGUAUUGCAGUUCUACUCCUACAGUACUACUGCUGUUCUGCUUCUCCCAUGAUGUUUACAUGAGCUGAACCGGGUGGCGGUACUCUAUACCUCUGGAUGUCAAGUUCACUAAACUCCACCUCUGCUCUCAGAGUCCCAGAGAACAGUGUUGCCCUGACACACCUUUCUGCAUCGUAAACAUUGUUUUCUGGUCCAACCAGAGACCCCUCACUACUCAAACUCCAACUGGUUGUUUCUGUGUUCAAGGUUGUAGUUAAUUUACACAGCCAGUUAUUCUGCAUGCCUUUGCACUAAUGUGUUGGACUAAACCCAACUUUACCCCAAGCUAACUUAACCCCAUUACCAUAGCCUACUAUACCUAAGCCUGCUUUACCCAAGCCUACUUAACCCGAUUACCCUAGCCUAUUUUACCCUAGCCUACUUUAUAACAUUACCCUAGCAUACUUUAUCACAUUACAGAACCCUACUUUACCCUAGCCUACCUUACCCUAGCAUAGCUUGCCCUAAGCUACUUUACCACAUUUACUUUAACCUACUUGACACUACAUUACCCUAACCCUAACCUUCCACCCUCACCCCUCAGUCCUGUAUCCACCCCAUCCCACCUGUAUUUGGGGAAUUUAACAACUAUAUUUUAUUGUCAUCCAAAUUCCUUUGCUCUUUUAAUACAUGUUUUAUGAUUGGAAAUGUGUGCUAGAGCUGCCAACCACCACCACUGGAAUACUGUACUGAAAGGAUUUAGCUAGAGCUGUUUGCAUAAGCUACGGUUACGGACGAUUAGCUAGUUGUUAGCAUAAGCAACCGUCUCUUGUUAGGUAGAGCUGUAAGCAUUAGCUACUUUUUUGUACACUGUACGACGGAUGUCACACACACACACACACACACACACACACACACACACACACACACACACACACACACACACACACACACACACACACACACACACACACACACACACACACACACACACACACACACACACACACACACACACACACACACACACACACACACACACACACACGGCGUUUUGAAGCCUGCUGUCACUCUGGAAUGAGAUGAAGAUCUCACCACUAAACUGUCACUCCUUACUCUUCUCGACAUGCGGACCUUGGUGAGCACUAGGUCUACCACUUGUUUCACCAUGCGGACCUUGUUGAGAACUAGGUCUACCACUUGUUUCACCAUGCGGACCUUGGUGAGAACUAGGUCUAUCACUUUCUUCUCGAUAUGCGAACGCUGUGAAUUCAUCGGAACAUUAUCGGGCCAGCUCCCGCCCCCUAGUGGCGAGACGGGGGAGGACGGCUGCCUCAUCUCGAUCCAACCUGCAGGGUAUUUUGUACAAAUGUAAACUGCUUUAUAUUUGAACUCUACUGUUGUCCUGAUUAUCCAAACACCAGUUAAAACUGAAAUUUGAGGUUGUGUCAUAAAUAUAAAUGUUAUCCAUAUGCACCACAGACACUGAGCAUUGAACACCUUGAUAUAAUAAAAACAAUAGACACGAA